UGCUGAAGAAACAACAAUCAUGGCUCUUCCACAAUCCGCAUACAAGGACCGUCAGUUCCUGGCUGUUAUUGGCGAUGAGGACUCGGUGACGGGAGUCUUGCUCGCCGGUGUUGGUCACGUUACCGACCCUCCGGACUCACAAAAGAACUACUUAGUCGUCGACCACAAGACCGAGACUUCAGCCAUUGAGGAGGCCUUUGACAGCUUCACCCAGGAGCGCAAGGACAUUGCCAUUCUCCUCAUCAACCAGCAUGUAAUAGAUACUCAACCUGGAACAAUUGCCGAAAUCUUGUACUCACACUGGACACAGAUCGCCGACAAGAUCCGCAGCCGCGUCGACGCAUACACCCAAGCAUUCCCUUCCCUCCUCGAGAUCCCCUCAAAGGACCACCCCUACGACCCGGAGAAGGACAGCGUCAUGAAGCGCGUCAAGAAGUUGUUUGGAGAGUAA